UGCAGCACCAGCUAAUUCGCAGUAAGUGCGUAAACACGCGCAGGAUACACGUCCCAGCCCCCCUGUUGCAAUUUCGGUCUCACGGUUACAUGGGUGCAGGAUUCUUGAGAAUCAACAAAGUUGUAUUGGCCUGUUGAUACCAACCACAAACAAGUCACCUAGCUACAUGCAUAGCGCUUGCUCGAACAACAUCACCCCAACCAUAACCCCAUCUGAUGCUCACUCUGAUGGGAAAUGGCUCCCUUAAGCCUGAAACGUGCACGUGCACAAGUAUGUGCGCAUAUACGUCGUCCCGAUUGAACAACACGCUUCAACGCCCGCGAUCCGAGAUAGCCCAAAGUUACGGUUCAAUGUGAGAAGUCAUACCCAUACUUUACUUUUUUUCUUGCGAUACUUUGAUGGUCAAUCACUACAGAACUAAGUAUAUGUAUAAGUUUACCCCCCCCCCCCCCCCCCUGCUGCAGGGCGCGGCCACGCGUCUCAUGCGUGGUUUUGCCCCCAACUUUCAAUCCCAAGCAUCGAGUCAUGAGCAAGAUAUUCAAAUCGUGCUUGCGCUAGCUACCCGACCGCUCCGUGCUUCCACUCCGGGUACCUCUAUCGCCCAGGUGCUUGAUAAAUGAUGCAAAGAUACACAUAUUAUCGAUCAUGAUCAAGGGUCCGGAUGUUCCUACUUCCGGAAGAGUCCGGUGCCUUGUACCCCCGGAAGUGUUGACUUGAUCAUUUUUGGCGCCAUCGUCACAGCAGCCAUAUUGCAAGCGGUAUUAUACAGCAUAAGUCAAGGGUGAGAAAUGAAAGAGGGAGGAAGCUGGU